AUGCGGGCUGCCGCGAACAAGGGCGCGCGCCUCGUCGAGGCCAUCCAGUUCAUGGAGGAUAUCAAGGGAUGGAACACCGGGGAGGCUGAAGUAUGCACCAUCACAGAACAGGCCCUUCGCGGCAAGCCAAACUUCAUAGAAGAGCUCACCGAAUUGAUCGAACGACUGCAGGAGCUCUCCACCAAACUCACCUUCUCCAAGAAGGUCAAGGCCUUCGCUGAGUUCCCCGAGGCAGAGCAGGGCACGACCAUCCGCCGACUGAAUCAUAAAAUAUACGAACGAUGCGCCGGACCGCGUGGGAAAGGUCGGAAUCGAGAUACCGUGAACACAAUGCAGCUGAUGAGCAUUCCAUCUAUGAAGCAGCUAUAUAUGGAGUUUCAAUGGAUGAUGAAGAUCCAGACCAGGAAUUUACUGAAAUUCCAGGACCAAAGGAGUGUACGACGGCAAAGUGCUCCGUUGGCAGCUGGUGGCUGUCACGGGCUGGUGGAGGUCCUUCUGCGGUGCCUCAUGCUGGACGUCAUGUUGGUUGACUGUCGAACUUGGGGAGACUGUCUCCUUUUCACAAAAGCAUAUAUGGUUGAUGGUUGA